AUGGCCCAAAACAUCAGCCUGGACUCGACUGCAGGCCCUAAACCUGCAUCGAGACACGUUGAAGGGUCGCACAUCCCUACCGACACAGCCAAGAUUCACAAUGGCGACGCUGCGCUCGCAUUGUUUGACAACCUGGAGGAUAUGCACGAAGCAUUUGAGGCAGGAGAAGAGAAACAACUUGUUCGAAAAAUCGACCUGAUGAUCUUGCCGUUUCUGGCAGUUUGCUAUGCCUUUUACUAUAUUGACAAAACAACCCUAUCCUAUGCUGCCAUUUUUGGCAUUCGAGAUGACCUGCAUCUUUCCGGUAAAGAGUAUUCAUGGCUCUCAAGUGUCUUCUACUUUGGCUUCUUGGUCUGGUCAUUUCCCACCAACCUGUUGAUGCAGCGAUUCCCCGUUAGCAAGUAUCUUGGCGUCAACAUCUUUCUCUGGGGCUUUUUCUUGAUGCUACAAGCGGCUGCGAAGAAUUUCACCCAACUCGCGGUGCUCAGAGUCAUUUCAGGCGCCGCCGAAGCAUGCAGUGACCCUGCCUUUAUGCUCAUCACCAGUAUGUGGUACACUCGUCGUCAACAGCCCAUUCGAAUCGGGUUAUGGUAUACGGCGAACGGCUUCGGCAUUGCCAUUGGUGGGCUCUUUGGAUACGGCAUCGGCCAGAUCAAGGGAACUCUUCCGUCAUGGAAGUACGAGUUUCUCAUCAUCGGGGCCCUCUGCUGUAUCUGGGGUAUCGUCAUGAUCAUUUUCCUUCCCGAUUCUCCCGUCACGGCCCCGCAACUGUCCGCCCGCGAGAAGCGCCUGGCCGUCGAGCGUCUGCGCGACAACCAAACGGGUGUAGAGAAUCGGACGAUGAAACCGAAACAGAUCCUCGAAGCUUUUCUGGAUUGGAAAGUAUGGAUUUUCUUCUUGCUUGGAUUCUCCGGGAAUAUUCCCAACGGUGGUAUUUCGAAUUUUGGCACCUUGAUUAUUAAGGGGUUUGGCUUCUCUACUUUGGUCACAACCCUCAUGCAGAUUCCGUAUGGAGCGUUCAUUGCUAUUAUGAUUCUCACAGCGGUGUUUGUCAACGAUCGCCUUCCACCGGGCAAUCGCUGUAUCGUUGCUGUGCUGUUCCUCCUUCCUAACCUGGCUGGCUCCUUUGGUCUGCACUACGUCUCCGAGUCCCACCGGGUGGGACGGUUGAUCUGCUACUACAUGACCGGCUCUUACAAUGCAUCGUUUGUGAUCAUCCUCUCCAUCCUCACGGGUAAUAUUGCCGGCCAUACCAAAAAGGUGGUCACCAACGCGAUGAUCUUCCUGGGAGUCUGCGUGGGCAACAUUGCAGGUCCAUUCUUCUAUAAAUCGGAGCAGGCUCCCGGGUAUUCAUUGGGCAUCUGGUCCAUGAUUGUGGCAAACUUGGUCGAAAUUGCAUUGAUCAUUGUGCUCGGAUUUGCACUUGCUUGGGAAAACCGACGACGCGACCGGAUCCAGGGGGUGAUCGCUGGAGCUGAGACAGAGUACGAGCGACAGUUGGAGCUUGAUCGGACUGCUUUUAGCGACUUGACGGACAAGGAGAACCUGAACUUCCGCUAUCUAUACUAG